UCCAUAUCGCUUCGUGUUGCCUCCUGUCUGUGGAAUUGCGCGCUGCUUACUCCUUUCCACCGAGGCCACGAAUCUACGAACGAGUCCUCCAAGGAGUUGCAAUCUCGCAACCAACCUGCUCACGAUGGGUCUCCUUUCGCAACUUUUGUAUUAUUCCUUCCAUCCUAAUCAAUUGAGAUCUAUAUUGCAAUGGAAGUUAUGGCACGAGCCAGUCCACACACGCGACCCAGCCAAGGAGUCAGCGACUCUGAAGGAGUGCUUCAAGUACCUUAAUAUGACCAGUCGAAGUUUCAGUGCGGUUAUUCAAGAACUGAAUCCCGAAUUACUCGUCCCUGUUGCGCUCUUCUACCUGAUCCUGCGAGGUUUGGAUACGAUUGAAGACGACAUGACGAUUCCCCUGGAGAAGAAGGAGCCGUUGUUACGGGAUUUCUAUAACAUAAUUGAGAAGGAUGGUUGGACUUUUAACGGCAAUGGGCCGAAUGAGAAGGACCGGGAUUUACUGGUACAUUUCGAUGCUAUCAUCACCGAGUUCAAAUUGGUCAAGCCUGCCUACCAGGCGAUCAUUAAGGAUAUCACCAAGAAGAUGGGAGACGGCAUGGCUGACUAUGCGAACAACGCGGAGCACAACAUCAAUGGUGUCAACACCGUCGAGGACUACGAGCUCUACUGCCAUUAUGUCGCUGGUCUGGUUGGGGAUGGGUUGACGAGAUUAUUCGUGGAGGGUGGGUUUGCCAACCCCGCAUUGCUCAAACGCCCUGAACUUGCAGAAGCGAUGGGUCAAUUCCUGCAGAAGACAAACAUCAUCCGUGAUAUCAAAGAGGAUAUUGAUGACAAGAGACGUUUCUGGCCAAAGGAGAUCUGGUCGAAACAUGUCGACAAGUUUGAGGACCUGUUUGAUCCUAAGAACUUGGAUGCCGCCCUGGCCUGCAGCUCCGAGAUGGUUCUCAACUCCCUUCGACAUGCUGAUGAAUGUCUAUUCUAUAUGGCGGGUAUCAAGGAUCAAAGUGUCUUCAAUUUCGUCGCGAUCCCGCAGUCAAUGGCUAUUGCCACUUUAGAGCUCGUCUUCCGAAAUCCUAAGAUCUUCGAGAGGAACGUUAAGAUUACGAAAGGAGAUGCUUGCGAGCUGAUGACGCUGUCGACGCAAAAUCUACGGUCUGUCUGUGAAGUCUUCCAGCGCUACGCCAGGAGGAUACACAAGAAGAACACGCCUAAAGACCCCAACUUCCUCCAAAUCAGCAUGGCGUGUGCAAAGAUCGAGCAAUUCAUCGAGUCCCUAUACCCGACACAGGAUCCAAAGGCUCUGUCCCUCAUGCAUGGUACAGGGGAGCCAGAUGAAAGACAGAAGAAGGACAAGAAGGCCAAAGAAGAAUCUGCGAGUGAGAUAUUCUAUCUUCUUCUUGCUGUAGUGGGGACAUUACUGGUGAUUUCAUCUCUGAUGGUCGGAGCUGCAUGGAUUGCAGGAGCGAGAUUCGACAUUGCCAUUAGCGAGCUGACUAACGGCAAAUUUUUUCCUCCAACCGACCCAGCUUCAAUCUCAGCCGUCGUCCGGCAACAUGAUCAUGGAGAGUUGUAAACUUUCUUUCCUCGCCUUACCAUACCAUAAUAUUACCCGCCGUGGACGGCGGUCCUACUUUUUUACCAAUAAUGUCCAUGUGGCUUCAAGCGAUGUACUGUAUUAUAAUUUCAAAACAGGGUAUCAGCGAUCAAUGGAAGCAGCGCAGCCUGGAACCAUGCGGUGUGAGUAGUGAAGCUUCCCAUUCCAUCUUUUUUCCUUUCUUUCUCGCCAGAUUAGCACGGAUGUCAAAUUGCAAUUCGGU